AUCAUUGAGAUCACGCUUUCUUAAUAAAAGCUUGAACUCUCUUCUCAUUAUCCUCAACUUUCGUCAUUCGGAGUACAUCAUCAUCAAUUCUUUCAAUUAUUCCGAUUCGAGCGACCCUCUUCUAGUAGUGAAAACAUCAAGACCUUUCGUCAGCUAUCUUUCGAUUGUCUGAUCAUUUUCUUUCUAUUCUACAGUUGAGUGGAUUGUAACUUGCUUCUCUCGACAAUCCUCAAGUUUCAACGACUGUCAUCAAUUUAUCAAAUCUGGAUUCCGCUCGACCGAACUCGAUUUGAAGUUCCAAGGAGAUCGGUAACUGAGUGUUGUUAAAAAAGUUAGCUUUCUUUACCUGAACCCCUUCCCCACUGACCCCAAAGGAAAACUAGUGGUUACAUUUAAAAUUCAAUUCAACUGAUUUUUUUCUUUAAUCCAUUCUCAACUUUGGGUUGUUCGUCACUUCCAUCGCUGUUGUACUUCUUUCCAUCUUUUAUUCUUUUUCGAUUAUCACUCAUCCUCUAAGACACCUUCAAUCGAAGCAUUUCAUUCUGAUUCAGAUUGAAAACAUUCUCUGUUUUAUCAAUUAACUUUUUGCUUUCUUCUUAAAUCUAUCUCAGUUUCAAUCUCUCUCUCCCUCUUUCUCACAAUCAAUCUUUCCAUCAUCAACAAAAUCAUCAUCUGAUCAUCCUACCGAACUUUGUCGAUUACCGUCAGUCACCCACGAAAUACAAUAAACUCCGAUCAUCCAAUCGCAAUCAAGUACACUUCGAUUCCCUUUGAAUUAUCCUAAUCUUGUAAUCUGUCCGUUCACCUUUCUACAAUGCCUGAACCUCCUAAAAUCACCACUUCCUUGGCUGAAAGGAUUGCCAAGCUCAAUGCAAAUGUCAUCAAUGAAAAAUCAAAUUCUUCCAGUUCGACUUCCGGUUUACCUGGUGAAAUCAAAUCCAAAAUUUCGAAAUACGAAGCUACCGGUCAACAUGAAGCUCCGCUAGUGCCUAAAGGUUCUUUUGGACUCGGUGCUCCUCUUGUUGCAUCUAGUCGUGGUCUUGAUCGAAUGCGAAUCGCUAGUUUAGGCGUCAGUGGUGGACAGGCACCUGUUAGUUUGGUACCUUCCAGAUCCUCAGUUCAGCGGAGCCAAAGUGGUCAACACUACCGUCAUACCUCUGGCGCAUCAGAUGUCAGCAAUUCACCUCCUAACAGCGGUCGACCAUCUCAACGUCAUGGAUCCGGUGAUUCUGUAACUUUACUCAAAAAUCUCAGUCUCGCUCCUGCACCUCCGCUCACACCUAGUGCCAUGAGCGUCAACUCUGCUAGAGCUGAACUUGGAUCUGAGCGCAAUUCACCCCUUCCAACGCCUGUUCAGAUUUCUCAAAUCAAUCUUCCUACUACGGCAUCUGAACCAGAUGACGAAACGAGAGCGAAGACAACCAAAGAAGAAUUGGCGAAAUUCGAAGCUGAAGUAACUGAUCCGAUUGCAAGACCCAUCACAGUUGACAAUGCUACGACAUCUUCAAGUGCAGAUGGAGCACCGAUCGAACCACCUGCAUUGACAUCCGAAUCUAUCUCACGAUCUUCAUCUCAAACGAGUUCUAAUCUUAGUGGUGGAGAAAAACCAGAAGAAGAUGGUACAGAUUCACAUGAAGCUUAUGAUGGAAUCUUAGAUGCUUAUCCAGUGAACUCAUCAGUAGAAGGAUCUAUGAAUGGAGAUGAAGAAGCGGAUAUGCCAAUGGUGAAAUGUGCAGAUUGUGGUGUGCCACUUUCAUUGAUGAUGUUAAGUGAUCAUGUUUGUGAAACAUCGCCAGUCACGACGAUCAAACCAGAAAACACAAGACCAGUACCAUCCGAUGUGCCGAUCGAUGCACAUGAAACCAAUUCGAAUACAUCCGAAUUUGAAAUCCACCCGAUAUUGGUCGAACCACUUAGUGAAAGUGAGAUGGAUGAUUUACCAGAAGGAAUUGAUAAUGCAGAUGAAUUCGAAGUUGAACAAACUACAGAUAAAGAGAGAAUCCCACCCAUCAAUACUAAUAACAAAUCAACUAAUAUCUUACCUGCUCAACCUUCGCCUACUCCUAGUCUCAACGCAUCUACAAGACAUAGUUGGGAUGAUGAUGAAGAUGAAGAACAAGGUGGGACUGGAUUUGCUACGAUUGUGAGACGUUCAAGAGGUUAAAUGAAAGUCAAAUUGUUUUUCUUUUCGUUUCUUUGUUCUUUUUGUUGCUUAUCAUCUUUCUCUCCAAUGCAUUGCCCUUUUUCAUUUUCAUCUUUCAUUUACAAUUUCUCAUUUUAAUGUGUGAGUCUGUGUGCGUAAAUAACCGAGUUCUUUUUGUUUGGUAUUUGUUCGAUUUGAUUUCAUGGUUCAUUGAUUGUUCUUUAUUUUUGAAACCUUUCAAAAAAAAGAAAAAAGAAAGCUUAUUCAAUAAUUAUCAAAAAUUUAAAAUGAAUUGAAUAAGAAUUUAAGAAGCAGAACAAAAUAUUGUGAAUAUGAAUUGUUUAAAUCACAUUUUGAGUGAAGAUUACUUUUGCUUUGCGUUUUUCAGUUAAAACUUUUUUUUCAAUCGAUUUUGAUUUCAUUUUGUAUUCAUUGUUGUUUUCCUGCUUCUUUCUCUGUAGCGCUUCUUUCCCAUCAAAAAAAUUGAAUUCUUCAUUUGUUUUGUUUUUCUUUAGCAAAAAAAAUUCAUCAGCAUUUUGUUAAUAGUUUUUUUGUUUUUGUUUUCAAGUUACAGAUUAAUGGGUUUGAUAAAUCCCUUGCAGGAAAAGUAUGACAAAGAAAAUAAAGUGUUUGUUUAGGU